AUGUUGGCUGGUAUCGGCUGUUGUAUGCCAUAUCGGCUAUUACACGGCAGGAGCUUACUAUCACGGUGGGCGGAGUCGAACAUUAACGGUUAUCAGGGUAUUGUAAAUGUUAAUCGACGACUAGGAACAUAUGGUUCCAAUAGACCCAUUCGUAGCGAUUUGACACUCAAACGAUCUUUUUCUAGUACAUCGAGCUUCACACCUAUUCGAUGUUCAUCAACGUCAAGCAAUUCGUCUACUGUAGAUGCUAUAUCUACUGGUUCAGACGAUUCUAUCUUCGACGUUAGGGGCAAAAUCCCGGUAUCAGUCCCUGUAGUGGAGCUAAAAAGCGCCGAUUGUAGUAGCACUUUAUGGGAAUUGGUAAAGACCAAGAUGAUAAAACCCUAUUUGGACCUUUUUAUUGAAACAUAUGACCUUUCUGUAACACCUAAAGAUGGUGACCAAGAGUCUGUGAUUCAGGAGAUAAUAAGUGCGUUGAAGAGGCGCAAUGUCGCCGUAAAAUGUUCUGCUCUAGAUCCUCGUGCUGAAGAAUCAAAUGAUGCCAAUUAUCGACACGCGUAUAGCCCGAUUAGUGUCUCUUUGCGUAGCCGGUUACUGGGUGCCUUGUUUGUAGAGCCUAUAAUGAUCACAAACAUCCCACGUCUAAUUCCUACUUGGAAGAAACCGAUAAUUGUUAGUCACCAUGUGUUUGGUGACCAAUAUCGUGACAAGGGUCUAACACUGCAUGGCGGCGGUCGUGUAGAGUUGGUUUUCACACCUAACGAUAGUAAAGAACCACCUAAGCGAUGUUUAGUGGCCGACUUUUCGGAAGGAGAUAAUGGCCUAUGCCUUGGGAUGUAUGCAACAGAGAGUAGUAUAACGUCUUUUGCUCGUUGUUGUUUCCGUUACUGUAUUCUACAUCGUUUACCGUUAUACCUGAGUGUGAAUAACCCAAAGAUGGCUACGUAUGAUGGUGUGUUUCAAUCAGUUUUUGACGAUAUUUAUGUAAAGGAGUUUAAAACGCAAUUUGAUCAUUUGAAUAUAUGGUAUGAGCCCCGUAAAUUUAACAAUAUGGUUUCUGAGGUACUUCGUUCCGAAGGUGGUUUUUUAUGGGCAUGUAAGAACUAUGACGGUGACGUGAAUGCAGACCUUGUUAGCGCUGGGUUCGGACUUCCUGGUUUCACCACUUAUACCUACCUGUCUCAGGACCACCAGAUGUGUAUUGUUGAAGGCAGUAAUAUUCCAGUACGUCGAUUGUCACCUGACGAUAAAGGCAGUGGGCUUAUUGUCGGCAACCCGUUAUCUACAAUUUUCACCUGGACGCGUGGUCUAAAACUUCGGGCCCGGUUAGAUGGUAAUGCGCGUUUACAACAAUUUUGUUAUGACCUGGAGUCUGCGUGCAUCGAUACUGUUGAAGCUGGUGUGUAUACCCGUGACAUAUUGCCAUAUGUUGAUAAUAACCAUCACAAAGUAUCUGGUGUCGACUAUCUAAGUACAGAGGCAUUUUUGGAUGUAGUACUUAAAACUUUAAAAGUUAAAUUGGUUAGUUUUCAGGCCCCUCAAACAUUUUCGGCAGCUUCUAAUCGUCUUUCAGAUUUAUGGUAA